GGAGUAGGAAAUUCAGAAUCGAAUCUCUUCUCCCUCCCCCUCCUGUUCUUCCGCCUUUGUGAGGAACCUCAUCAAACACGAUGGCUAGCAACGUUACCAACAAGACAGAUCCACGCUCCAUGAACUCCCGUGUAUUCAUUGGGAAUCUCAACACUCUGGUGGUCAAGAAGUCUGAUGUGGAAGCAAUCUUCUCUAAGUAUGGAAAAAUUGUGGGCUGCUCUGUCCAUAAGGGCUUUGCCUUCGUCCAGUAUGUUAAUGAGAGAAAUGCUCGGGCUGCUGUAGCAGGAGAGGAUGGCAGAAUGAUUGCUGGCUAGGUUUUAGAUAUUAAUCUGGCUGCAGAGCCAAAAGUGAACAGAGGAAAGGCAGGUGUGAAACGAUCUGCAGCGGAGAUGUACGGGUCAGUACCAGAACACCCUUCUCCGUCCCCUCUACUCAGCUCCUCUUUUGACUUGGACUAUGACUUUCAACGCGAUUAUUAUGACAGGAUGUAUAGUUACCCAGCACGAGUUCCUCCUCCUCCUCCUAUUGCUAGGGCUGUAGUGCCCUCUAAACGCCAGCGUGUUUCAGGAAACACCUCCCGAAGGGGCAAAAGUGGCUUCAAUUCUAAGAGUGGACAGCGGGGAUCUUCUUCCAAGUCUGGAAAGUUGAAAGGAGAUGACCUUCAGGCCAUUAAGAAGGAGCUGACCCAAAUAAAACAAAAAGUGGAUUCUCUUCUGGAAAGCCUGGAAAAAAUUGAAAAGGAGCAGAGCAAACAAGCAGUAGAGACGAAGAAUGAUAAGUCGGAAGAGGAGCAGAGCAGCAGCUCCCUGAAGAAAGAUGAAACUAAUGUGAAGAUGGAGUCUGAGGGGGGUGCAGAUGACUCUGCUGAGGAGGGGGAUCUACUGGAUGAUGAUGAUAAUGAAGAUCGGGGGGAUGACCAGCUGGAGUUGAUCAAGGAUGAUGAAAAAGAGGCAGAGGAAGGAGAGGAUGACAGAGACAGCGCCAAUGGCGAGGAUGACUCUUAAGCACAUAGUGGGGUUUAGAAAUCUUACCCAUUAUUUCUUUACCUAGGCGCUUGUCUUAAGAUCAAAAUUUCACCAGAUCCUCUCCCCUAGUAUCUUCAGCACAUGCUCACUGUUCUCCCUAUCUUUGUCCUUCCCGUGUUCAUUAAUUCAUAUUGCCCUGCGCCUAGUCCCAUUUUCACUUCCUUUGACGCUCCUAGUAGUUUUGUUAAGUCUUACCCUGUAAUUUUUGCUUUUAAUUUUGAUACCUCUUUAUGACUUAACAAUAAAAAGGAUGUAUGGUUUUUAUCAA